CGCGUCACACAGCACCAACCGCCAAUUCACCUUGUCCCAAGUCUUUUCUUGCCUCGUCUCCCUUAGUCUCCACCCUAGUCGACGUUCAUCUCAUCCUCGAGCUCACCAUGCACACCAGCGAGUACGACUAUCUUUUCAAGCUUCUCCUCAUCGGCGACUCUGGUGUUGGAAAGUCUUGUCUCCUCCUCCGUUUCGCAGACGACACGUACACAGAGAGUUAUAUCAGUACCAUUGGUGUUGACUUCAAGAUCCGCACCAUCGAACUUGAAGGCAAGACCGUCAAGCUCCAGAUUUGGGACACUGCAGAAGGCCAAGAAAGAUUCCGCACCAUCACGUCCUCGUACUACAGAGGCGCUCACGGUAUCAUCGUUGUGUACGACGUUACUGAUAACGACACUUUUACGAAUGUCAAGCAAUGGCUACAGGAGAUAGACCGAUACGCCUCUGAGGGCGUCAAUAAGCUGCUGGUUGGGAAUAAGAGUGAUCUCACCAGCAAGAAGGUGGUGGAAUACAGCGUGGCGAAG